AUGGAGAAGACCUACACCGAGAAGGUCCAACCGGGCCUCUCAUCUCACACAGAGGAUGCCGCCUCAAGUUCACAACAUAUCCCGGCCACAAGCAAGACAGGCCUUGUGGUCGGCGGCAAACACGCCCAAUCACUAUCAGACAGCUCCUCCCUAUCAUCAAGUGAACAAAACAUCACAACCUUUGACUUCGACCUCCCUCUGACCGCCACACAAGCCACCAUCCAUGAAGGAAAGGAGCGUAUCCUCAUCGACUUCGUCGACGGCGACAAAGAGAACCCCUUCAACUGGGAUCCCCGUUACAAAGCAUUCAUCUCGCUUCUCCUCUGUCUCAUGACCCUCUUCAUCGGUCUUGCCACAACCGCCUACAGCUCCGGAAUCGACCGCAUGACAAAAGACCUCGGCGUGUCCACCAUCCUAGGCCAACUGGGUCUCUUCACCUUCAACUUCACCUGUGCCCUGGCCCCCCUCUUCCUGGCCCCAUUCUGUGAGCUCGCCGGCCGCCGCGUCAUCUACGUCGGCGCCUACAUCUGCUUUGGCCUGAUGUUCAUCGGCCUCGCCCUAGGCAAGAACAUCGCCACCAUCCUCGUCUGCCGCGCCCUGCUCGGCCUCUUCGGCUGCGUCGGCACCAUCCUCGUCGGCGGUACCUUCGGCGACAUGUACCGUCCCGAAGAGCGCGCCAUCCCCAUGGCCAGCUUCUCCUACAUCGCCAUCCUCGGCACCGUCGGCGCCCCCAUCUACGCCGGCUUCAUCGACCAAGCACUCGGCUGGCGCUGGGUGGAAGGCAUCCAGGGCCUCGCCAACAUCCCCCUCGCAAUCGUCUGCUUCUUCUGCCUCCGGGAAACCCGCGGCAGCGUCGCCCUCGGCAAACGCGCCGACCUCCUCCGCAAGCAAACCGGCGAUGACCGCUACGUAGCGGCCUCAGACCUCGAAGCCCCGGAUAUCAAGACCAUGCUCUACAACUCCUCCAUCAAGGCCGGCAAGAUGCUCAUCACAGAGCCCGUCGUCUUCGCCUUCGGUCUCUGGAUCGCCUUCGCCUGGUUCCUGACCUUCCUCUUCCUCUCGGUCAUCCCUAUCACCUUCCAAGAAAAGAAGGGCUGGGGCGAGGGCAUCUCCGGCCUCCCCUACAUCUCCCUCUGUCUGGGUACUACAAUCGGGUUUGGGCUCAACUUCCUCCAAAUCAGGAAAUAUAACUCCAUCGUGGCCCAGAACGGUGUCGCGGCGCCGGAAGCCAGGCUUUACGGGGCCCUGUUCGGUGCCGUGUGGCUGCCGGUCGGUCUGUUUAUUUACAGUUUCACUCAGUAUGCCUUCCUGCAUUGGAUUGGACCGUUCAUUGCCCUUGUUUUGAUCACCAUUGGUAUCUUCUUUAUCUUUGAGUCUUGUUACUCCUUUACCUCUGACUGCUAUGGCGAAUCUUCUUCGUCUGCGAUUGCGGGUCAGGGUUUCAUGAGGAAUACGCUUGGUGCUGUGUCGCCGCUUUUUGCGUCCCAGUUUUUCCAUAAUGUGGGGAGUCAAUAUGCUGGGCUGAUUCUGGCACUGGUUGCUACGCUUCUCACCUUUAUUCCGUAUAUUUUGUUUUGGUGGGGGCCUGCGCUGAGGAAGAGGUCGAAGUUGGCUUCGACGAAUACGUUUUAA